GUAAAAGCUAGCAAGAUGUCGCUAGCAGGAUUUCCGGGGACCUCGGGUUCCUGUUCGUCGCAUGGUGCCGUGCUGGUGACGAGUCGAUUCCAUGCGUAAGAAAUUUCAUCAAAUAUCGAAAUGACGGACGACGUGGUGGUGUUGGACGAUCCCGUUCACAAGGAGGAAAUAGCGCACUUCCAAGCGCCGGCGAUUCAGCACAAUCGGGAAGGCUGGGGUCCGUGUGAGUUGCCGGAUCAGUUUAAAGACAUUCCUUAUCAGCCAUUUUCGAAAGGCGACAGACUCGGCAAGAUCUCCGAUUGGACCACGCCGGCCUUCCCGGAUAAGAAAUUUCCAAACAAAUAUACAUCGCAGUUCGGUUGCGGCAGUCAGUAUGCUUAUUACCACGACGAAGACGAGACGAGCUUCCACUUGGUGGACACCACCCGCGUGCAGAAGCCGCCGUACCAGCGUGGCCGCUUCCGUCAUAACCAGCGCAACUUGCGCGGUCGUGGUGGUCAACGCGGUGCGUUGAGCCAGAUGCAGCAAUUGGGAAAGCUGAAGCUGCGUGAGCGAGAACGCAAGGGGCAGACGAAACGCUGGGGUAGACAGCAGGGCCUGCGGAAUCACAAGAAUCAGCCGCCAAUCAAGAUACGAGACGCCUCUGUGACGGUCCGACCGGAUUGGUUGACCAUUGAGGAGAUGGACUUCCCACGCUUGGCGAAACUCUCGUUGCCCGGCGUGAAGGAUGGCGAGGAUAUAAUGUGCUGCGGCUCGCUCGAGUAUUACGACAAGACUUACGACCGCGUGAACGUGAAGAGUGAGAAGCCGCUUCAACGAAUCGAUCGGAUCUUCCAUACAGUGACAACCACCGACGAUCCUAUAAUCCGCAAGCUGUCCAAGACCGAGGGCAACGUUUACGCCACUGAUGCGAUAUUAGCUACUAUCAUGUGCUGUACGCGCAGCAAUUACUCAUGGGACAUCGUCAUCGAGAAAAUUGGCGACAAGCUGUUCUUCGACAAGCGCGACAACACCGAGUUCGAUCUGCUGACCGUAAACGAGACUAGCGUGGAACCGCCACAGGACGACGGCAACUCGUUGAACUCGCCGCGCAAUUUGGCGCUCGAAGCGACCUUCAUCAAUCACAACUUCUCGCAGCAGGUGUUGAAGUCGAACGAGUCGCGCUACAAGUUCGAGGAGGGCAAUCCCUUCAUCGCCGAGGAGGAGGAGAGCGACGUGGCGAGCGUGGCGUACCGUUAUCGCAAGUGGGACCUCAACAACGGCAUAGUGCUCGUCGCACGUUGCGAGCACGACGCCGUGAUGCAGGGUCCUAACAACGAGAACCAGUUCCUGACGAUCAAGGCGCUGAACGAGUGGGACUCGAAGCUGGCCAACGGAGUCGAGUGGCGCCAGAAGCUCGACACGCAGCGGGGCGCCGUUUUGGCCAACGAGUUGCGCAACAACGCGUGCAAGCUCGCCAAGUGGACCGUGCAGGCGUUAUUGGCCGGCUCGGAUCAGCUCAAGUUCGGGUACGUGUCGCGCGCCAUCGUGCGCGACUCCAGCAAACACGUGAUCCUCGGGACCCAGCAGUACAAGCCGAACGAGUUCGCGACGCAGAUCAAUCUGAACAUGGACAACGCCUGGGGAAUUCUCCGUUGUAUCAUCGACAUCUGCAUGAAGCAGAAGGACGGCAAGUAUUUGAUUAUGAAGGAUCCGAACAAGCCUAUGAUCAGGCUCUACGAUAUUCCCGAUAAUACGUUUGAAAGCGAAGGCGAAGACGAUGAGGACGACGACGAGCCUGUUAAUGACGCGUUUCAGAGUUAACGGAGACAACAGUAAUCGUAUAACAUUCGUCACUAGUCGGUAAUCGCGUUCGAUCGACCGAUGCUUUUACAAGGAUUAUUGUAAAAGGCAAGUAUUGACGUCUUACUGGAGGAAAUAAAAUGAGGAAGUUUAAGUACGAUA